GCGCAAAAAUUCAAAAGAAAUUCAAAAUGUAAAAACACAAUUUGAUUAACGAUUAAGCACCGGCCACGACCUAAACCACCAUACAAGCAAAUUAAGGAUUAAUUAGGUCAACUCGUUGGUACAUUGGAAGUUAUCACACUUCAACGAUUCAAAAUGACGCCACCAAUCACCAAUAGAUCUUCCACCCAUACCCACGACAGUAACUUUCAUAGUAUAAGCGAACCAGACGACAAUGAUGAAGUCGUAGAGUUAAUUGCAGAGCCCUCUAGCUCUUAUGACCUUGUAUCUAAUAUGCUUGUCCAGCCCAACUGUAUGUUUGGAGAUAAAGAUGACUGUGUGAAGUGCAAAACUUCCAAUAUACCCGUUUGCCGUAUAAAACUGAAGCAAUUAGAGAAUCUCAAGAACAGCACUAAAAAGCUUUUAUGCUUACUGGAAGAUGUGCAGGCAAAAACUCAUUCCACAGCGCUGGUUCCUGAUGACCCGCCGAAAAUGGCCGACGUUUUAAGACCUAUGGCUAAUUGGGAUUCUGAAAAUGUGGAUUUUAUGGACCGGUCAGUGACUGAUAUCAUCGGUGACACAGCCAUGAAAAGAUUGGAAGAGCAGACUGAAGAAUUGGACUCUAUUGUUAUUGUAGACAAAGAUCACGAUUGUUCUGUUUACAAAAGACUCAUCAGAAAGUGUCACUGCCUGAACCAGCAAGAAUACAACGACUUUAUUAUCCAUUUUAACGAAGAGACGAAAUUUGGCACCAAUCCUAUUGGAGAAAUCAUAAAAAAUAUGUACAUCCUCAAAAGGUUUUUAUACAUGGGCGGCACGUAUACUAAAAAUGCUUUGCUGUUUUUGAACCAGGGCCUAGAAGAAGGGACUUAUGUGGAAAAAGCGGAUAUCAUACAAGCAUGCGCCUUCGCUGAUGUCUGCUGUAUAUUCGAUAAACACACGAUUGUGGUUGUGUGCAUUUCUUGGCCGUGUAAGAACCCCAGCUUGAUAGCAGCAGAUACUCAGGAGAUGACAGCAAAACUCCUAUACAAUUUCUCCAAGCUCGAAGAAGGCCGACGAUACUUAAAUUUCAAUGCGAAAUUAACGUGUGAAAUCAAGAAGCUUCUAAAGAAAAAACAAGAUAAAAUAAGCUGUGACACCGUAGAAAUGCUUAAUUCGGUUUUAAAUACGUGCCAGCCGCAGGUUCAGCAUAAUGGAAUAAGUCUAACUUACCACUGUCGGCCAAUACAAGAAGGUAUCGGAAACAAGACACUGAAUGCUCUGAUAGCCUAUCGACAGUAUAUGACUUUAAACGAAUUGUUUUUGCACUUGGACAUUCUUCAAAAUAUAUCUGGAAAUGAAGAAACGAAAAAGCAACUCACGCCACACUUGCCAUCAAUGUUGAGCUUGUUCAGAAAUAUGCUUCUAGAGUUUGAUAGCAGUGAUAUAAAUAUAAUAGUUACAAAUAUUAUGACCAAUAUAGUGAGCGACAGUAUUGCGAAAAAUGUUAAGGAAAGCUCAAACGCCAUAUUAGGCGAAACAAUCACAUCAUGCAUAGCAACUGAGCCAAUUGAGAAGAAAAACAAGACAAUUCAAGUGCCUCUAAAUAAAACGAACCCUAAACACCAUAAAAAGGCUCAUCAUCACUCACAUCAUGUACCCGCCGUCGCAUAUAUUCAGAAAAAAGAUAUAGAAGUUAAUAAAGUACAAAAAAGUAACGAUAUCAGCGAUGUUAUAGUGGUACCCAUGGACAACGAAAAGAGUGAAGUUAAAUAA